AUGAAUUCGAUCACCCCAACAGAUGACGGCCUUGACGAAAAAAGCAGAGCAGCGGUAUUGCUAGGAUUACAAGAAAUAGUGCAGAGGCAAAAGGAGAACAUUAAAGUGAUGGACAUCUGCUUCAACAAGUGCGUCCCCAAAAUAGGGCACCAGCUGAGCUCCGCAGAACAGAAGUGCAUUGGGGCUUACACUUCGUUUCAUGUUAUAGUACACUUUUUCGUAAUUUGGACAAAUGAACAUUUUUUCUACGUAUAA